CUUCAACGUCACGUUCGGCUUACUGUACAGGCCACGCCCAGCUGCCCGGGGCGACUCGUGUGUUUCCGGAUCUCCAGGAGGCUCGGGAAGUAUUUGCUUCUAGCGACAUCAAGUGGACAUUGCUGGAGCUGCACCUGUGUAAGACUCAAAUAAUGUCAGAGGAGGAUAACCCCAUCUCGUACAUCCCUUCUCAGGAAAUGCGCUGUGUUCUGCAUUGGUUCUCAGGGUGGUCAGAGCCUCAGCGUAGUCGCUUCAUGGAAGACCUGCUUUGCAAGGCUGUUCCUGGAAAACUAUUCCUUCUACUAGAAGGACUGAACUCACUGCAGCUAAAUGCUCCACCACCCAGUCUCUUUCAGUGUCAGAUGAAGCUCUGGGAUCAAUGGUUCCAGGGCUGGGAUGAGGAUGAGAGGAAUGCGUUCUUGCACCGUCUUGAGCUUCAGGAACCUGCGUUUGUAGCCAAAUUCUACCAGGAAGUGGCAGGAACUGUGGGCAAGGACUGAGAGAAGAGCAGCCAGGAACAGAGAUUGUGGCUCUUGGGAGGAAUAAUGGUUAGUGUGAGCAAAAUAUCAGCCAGCUGUGUUUGCAGAGAGUUUAUGUACUAAUAUAUUACUUGAUUUGUGCAUAUUUCUCAUUAAACCAAGGUCAGAAAUUUAUUUAGUGUCGAUUAUUACACUACAUAAGAGUUUUUUGCACUUCGAAAUAGUUUUUCACAGCUGGCUAAAAGGGAACUAUAACAAUAUCUAGUAAUCUAUUCUGCAGUGCAGAACCCUCCCUUAACUACGUGUAAUGGUUUUGAAAGUACCAUAUAUGGAAUAACUCCUGCUUGCCUUGAUUAUUUCCUUAUGUACUAUAUAUAUCAUAUCCACAAGAAAGGCUGCACUUUACUGUCUUCUUUAAAAUUCAAAACUCUUUUAUUA